UUAAAAUUCUGAGUUAAAUAAAAUAAAACACUGAGCUUAGUUGAGCUUCAGGUGCAAGAGAAAUAAGGUGCAGUUUUAUUCACAGUGAUGAUAAUUUAAGCGCAGUAAAUGAUUUGUGUGUUCUUGUGUGAGAGUUGUAAAGUCUGAUAAACCUGCAGUGCAACAAAUAAACCUGAUAACUCUUUAAACAGGAAACACUAGUUACCGUCUGAACUGUCUGAGCGUUUUAUACAUGUCUGUUAAAAGUAGUUUCAGUCGUGUUCGGUAAUGAAACGACACCUCAGACGCUCCAGCUGGACAGUCUGAACCUCUGACGUCUGGAGUAGAGCUGAGUCAUGACGUCACCUGUGAGAGUUUCAGCCUCCUCCUGGAUGAUGUUCAUGUUGUCAGGUGUGUUAAUAUUUAUUGCUGUGUGACAUUUACAGGUGAGCAGGUGUCAGCAGGUGCACAGAUUACUGAUGGAUGAAAUCAGUCCUGAUAAGAGUCCAUCUGCGCUCUGCUGCCAGGCGAAGGUCUCGUCCUUCAGCUCGGGUCAGCAGAUCUCUAUCAGAGCGCCCUGGUUACAUAUUAAACCUGCAGGAGAGCAGACAGGUGAGCAGACAGGUGAAGCCUCUCUGAGCUGCAGUCAGUCGCUGUGAAGAUGAAGAUGAAGCUGGAGCUCUUCCUGGUCGUCAUGGCCGUGGUCUGCGCCGCCGGCAAGCCCACGAGCAAGGCAGCGGCAGGGAGGAACAAGCUGCUGCUCAUCUCCUUCGACGGCUUCAGGUGGGACUACGACCAGGACGUGGACACGCCGAACCUGGAUCAGAUGGUGAAGGACGGAGUCAAGGCCAAAUACAUCACCCCCCCGAUGCUGACCAUGACCUCCCCGUCCCACUUCACCACCAUCACCGGCAGAUGGGUGGAGGACCACGAAGUCGUCCACAACAUGAUGUUCGACGACAAGACCAACCUGAAACUUCCUCACAAACUGACGCUGAAAAAAUCUGCGUGGUGGAACAAAAGAGUCCUGCCGUUAUGGAUCACAGCUCAGAACCAGGGUCUGAAAACUGCGUCCUUCCACUUCCCCGGCGGCGGCGCCAACUACAGCGGUCAGGUGGUCGACCGAGUGCUUUUUGAGGAGUUUGACCACCCGGACGACAACGAGACCGAGUGGCGGCAGAACAUCGACAAGGUGCUGAGCUGGUUCUCCGAGGAAGACUUCCACUUUGUGGCACUGUACUAUGGUGAGCCGGACAACGUGGGCCACGCCAAGGGACCGGACCACCCCGACAGGAAGAAGAUCAUCGCGCAGAUCGACCGCACCAUGGGCUACCUGAGGGAGGCCAUUACUCGCUUUAAUCUGAAUGACAGCCUGAACGUCAUCCUCACCUCCGACCACGGCAUGACCACGGUGAAGAAGCGACCGCAGGUGGACGAGGUCAUCAUCAAUAAAUACAUGGAUCUGCUCAAGCUCACCAGCUUCGAGAUCCUCGACUACGGCGGAUUCGGUAUCCUGACGCCGAAGACAGGGAAGGAGCAGGAAGUGUUCGACGCGCUGUCCAAAGUGCCCAAUGUGACGGUCUACAAGAAGAACGAGUUUCCUGAAAGCUUCCAUCUCGCCAAGAGCGAGCGGCUGCCCCCCAUCGUGGUCGUCGCAGAUCUGGGAUUCAACCUGAACUCUAGAUUCAUCGUCUACGUCAACAAAGGCGACCACGGCUACCACAACGGGGAGAUGGACAUGAAGACCAUCUUCAGGGCCUUCGGACCGGACUUCAAGAAGAACUUCCUGUCCGAGCCGUUCGACAGCAUCCAUAUUUACCCUCUGAUGUGUAAACUGCUGCAGAUCGAGCCGGCGCCACACAACGGAUCACUGAGUGUCACUGAGAACAUGCUGCUGGGCCCAGAGGGACCAGCUGGAACAGAGAAACCAGGCUCCGGUGGAUCACAGGGAGCGUCACUGUCCGUCGCUCUGCUGCUGUGCAUGCUGCUCUUCAUGUCCGACGUGCUGUAACAGACCCCGGAUCAGACCAGACCCCAGAUCAGACCAGACCCAGGGUCAACAUCCAUCACCACAUCUGAAAUGUCUACUGGUUCAGGUUUUAAAGGAACAGUUCACCCAAAAAAGUUAAUUCAGUCAUUAUCUUGUGUAAUAAGCAGAGCUACCUGAUGCUAACACUGUUAGCUCAGCAGAGCUACCUGAUGCUAACACUGUUAGCUUGGCAGCUCCAGUGAAGCCUUCAUGUUUACAAAGGUGUAAAUCUGGUCUGAGAUCAGUUGUGAUGUGUUCUCUGCUGCAGACUGUGAUCAGACGAGCUGAUGGAAACAUCUGAUGUUUAAAUCAAGUCUCAGCUGCUUCAGUUGUUCAGCAGAACGCUGCAGCUCUGUUUGACUGUGAAGCUCCAGAACUGUUGUGUGGUCUACCACACUUCACAUGACUUCAUAUGACUGCAGUUAUAUUUUUGGGACAUUAUACUGUUGCUUGUCAUAUUUAAACACAAUAAGAACUUAGGAUUUUGUGCUUUUCUAUUUCCUGCAGCUGUGAAGUGAUUCUGUUUGUGACGCAGUCGAUGAAUCUGAUGAACCACAAGUUGUUUUUUAGUUUUGGGUUAAAGCUGAUUUCUGAAAUAAAUGUGAAGAUUUACAAUGUUUUGAUUUUGUAAAAAUAAAUCUGUUAAGUCCUGAGAAGGAUGAUGAUCCAGUUAAUAAUAAUAAUAAAUGUUAAAUAAACAUUUAUACAAACAGAAA